AUGCUCAACUGGAGCAGCGAGGUGGCCCGCCUGCUUGUGGACAGCGGCAUGGCACAGGUGCGCCUGCAGACUUGCGAAGGGCACGCGCCGCUGCACGUGGCGGCGCGCGGCGGGCACCUGGAGAUGGUCCGCCUCCUGGCGUCCAAGUCGUGUUCGCUGGACGAGCCCAGCGCGUGCGGGGGUGGCGCCCCGUUGCACACGGCCGCGCUGGGCGGGCACGCGGAGGCGGCCCGCCUGCUGCUGGACCUCGGCGCGUCGCCGCUCGCGAAGGCCGCUCAUGGCAUCACGCCGCUGCACGUGGCCGGCCACAAGGGCAGUCUGGAGGUGGCGUCGGUGCUGGUAAAGGCUGGCGGCCGCGCGGCGGUGGCGGCCGGGGACGACAGCGGCAGCACGCCGGUGCACGCCGCGGCGCUCACCGGGCAGGCGGGGCGCACUGUGAGGAAGAGGAGCCCUGAGGCCAGAGGUCCUGAGACUUCUGCUUUCACGCGUUUUCGUGGGUUCCGGGCUGUGCUUGUGAGGCUCGUGUUUCGUGCUAGACGCUAG